GGGUGGGACCGGGCGCAGGCGCCCACCCCCGCUCCCCCUCGAAACCGCGCACAGCGAGAGGGAGGCCACAGCCGGGUGGGGUGGGGGCGGGGAGGGAGCCCCCGCCCCCCCACGCCCUCCGCAGUGCCUGGCGAGCCCGCGCACGCUCACUCGCUGGGACAGGCGGGCGGGGCGGCCUGACGUCACCCACUGCCCCCAUCGCCCGGCCGAGGGGCGGUGGCCGCGCAGGCUCGGCGGGGCGGCGGCACGGACUGACUGAGGGUCGGAAGGACUGAGGGACGGGCGGGCGCACGGCCAGGCCAUGCCUGGGGAGGCUGCCCGCGCCGAGCUGCUGCUGCCCGAGGCGGACCGACCCGGGCCCCGCACAGAUCUGUCCUGCGAUGCGGCUGCUGCCACCACCAUCCUGGGAGGUGACCGGCGGGAGCCCUGUGCUGUGACACCAGGGCCCAGCCACCUGGCCCUCACGUUCCUGCCCAGCAAGCCGGGUGCCCGGCCCCAGCCCGAGGGAGCCAGCUGGGAUGCAGGGCCUGGUGGGGCACCCUCGGCCUGGGCAGACCCAGGGGAGGGCGGCCUGAGCCCCAUGCUCCUCCCUGAGGGCCUGACUUCCCAGGCACUGUCCACCGAGGCUCCUCUCCCGGCCACCCUGGAGCCCCGGAUUGUGAUGGGAGAGGAGACGUGCCAGGCCCUCCUGUCACCCAGGGCUGCCCGGACAGCGCUCAGGGACCGGGAAGGUGGGCACACAAGCCCAGACCCACCCCCCGAGCUGUGUUCUCAGGGUGAUCUUUCUGUGCCUUCCCCUCCUCCAGACCCUGAUUCCUUCUUCACGCCUCCCUCCACCCCCACCAAGACCACCUAUGCCCUGCUUCCCGGCUGUGGGCCCCACGGGGACGCCGGGGACUCAGAGGCUGAGCUGCGGGAUGAGCUGCUGGACUCGCCCCCCGCCUCGCCCUCAGGCUCCUACAUUACGGCCGAUGGGGACAGCUGGGCCUCUUCACCCUCCUGUUCCCUCAGCCUGCUGGCUCCGGCUGAAGGGCUGGACUUCCCCUCAGGCUGGGGCCUGUCCCCGCAGGGGUCCAUGGCGGAUGAACGAGAGCUGCAUCCUGCCGGGACCCCAGAGCCCCCAUCCUCUGAGUCCAGCCUCUCUGCAGACAGCAGCUCCUCCUGGGGCCAGGAGGGCCACUUCUUCGACCUGGACUUCCUGGCCAAUGACCCGAUGAUCCCCGCAGCCCUCCUACCCUUCCAGGGCAGCCUCAUCUUCCAGGUGGAGGCAGUGGAGGUGACACCGCUAUCCCCAGAGGAAGAAGAAGAAGAGGCUGUGGCAGAUCCCGACCCAGGUGGGGACCUGGCUGGGGAGGGUGAGGAGGACAGCACGUCCGCCUCCUUCCUGCAGUCGCUGUCUGACCUGUCCAUCACGGAGGGCAUGGAUGAGGCUUUUGCCUUCCGGGACGACACCUCUGCAGCCUCCUCUGAUUCAGACUCAGCCUCCUACGCAGAGGCAGAUGAUGAGAGGCUGUACAGCAGGGAGCCCCAUGCCCAGGCCACCCUGCUCCAGGACAGUGUCCAGAAGACAGAGGAGGAGAGCGGAGGUGGGGCCAAGGGGCUGCAGGCUCAAGAAGGGACUGUGUCCUGGGCCCUGGAGGAUGCUCCUCAGACCUUAGACAGCGGGGCCUAUCUCUCCCAGAGACAGGAAUCGAUCUCAGAAGUAACAGAAGAGGGCCUUGCUUUAGGCCAGGAGUCCACUGCCACUGUGACCCCUCACACUCUGCAGGUAGCCCCAGGCCUCCAGGUGGAGGCGGCUACCAGGGUGACCCCACAGGCUGGGGAGGAAGAAGCAGACUCCACCGCUGGACAAGCAUCUGCUGCCACGGCAAUGCCUCAGCCCUCCCAGGAGGGCAUCAGCGAGAUCUUAGGCCAAGAGUCUGUCACUGCAGAAAAACUUCCAACUGCACAGGAAGAAACAAGCCUCACACUGUGUCCAGACUCUCCUCAGAACUUGAAGGAAGAAGGAGGGCUGGACCUCCCCUCUGGCCGAAAGCCUGUAGCUGCAGCCACGCUUGUGCCCCAGCAGGCUGAAGAGGGCCUCACCUUACCCCAGGACCCCGCUUUGACACCACCUCUGCCCCUACAAGACACAGAUCUCUCGUCAGCCCCAAAGCCUGUGGCUGCAGCCUCGCUUGUGCCCCAGCAGGCUGAAGAGGGCCUCACCUUACCCCAGGACCCCGCUGUGACACCACCUCUGCCCCUACAAGACACAGAUCUCUCGUCAACCCUAAAGCCUGUUGCUGCAGCCACGCUUGUGCCCCAGCAGGCUGAAGAGGGCCUCACCUUACCCCAGGACCCCGCUGUGACACCACCUCUGCCCCUACAAGACACAGAUCUCUCGUCAGCCCCAAAGCCUGUGGCUGCAGCCACGCUUGUGCCCCAGCAGGCUGAAGAGGGCCUCACCUUACCCCAGGACCCCGCUGUGACACCACCUCUGCCCCUACAAGACACAGAUCUCUCGUCAGCCCCAAAGCCUGUGGCUGCAGCCACGCUUGUGCCCCAGCAGGCUGAAGAGGGCCUCACCUUACCCCAGGACCCCGCUGUGACACCACCUCUGCCCCUACAAGACACAGAUCUCUCGUCAGCCCCAAAGCCUGUGGCUGCAGCCACGCUUGUGCCCCAGCAGGCUGAAGAGGGCCUCACCUUACCCCAGGACCCCGCUGUGACACCACCUCUGCCCCUACAAGACACAGAUCUCUCGUCAGCCCCAAAGCCUGUGGCUGCAGCCACGCUUGUGCCCCAGCAGGCUGAAGAGGGCCUCACCUUACCCCAGGACCCCGCUGUGACACCACCUCUGCCCCUACAAGACACAGAUCUCUCGUCAGCCCCAAAGCCUGUGGCUGCAGCCACGCUUGUGCCCCAGCAGGCUGAAGAGGGCCUCACCUUACCCCAGGACCCCUCUGUGACACCACCUCUGUCCCUACAAGACACAGAUCUCUCGUCAGCCCCAAAGCCUGUGGCUGCAGCCACGCUUGUGCCCCAGCAGGCUGAAGAGGGCCUCACCUUACCCCAGGACCCCGCUGACUCCGCUAUGACAGCACCUCUGCCUCUGCAAGACACAGGCCCCACCUCAGGUCCAGAGCCUCUGGCUGUGGCCACCCAUCAGACCUUGCAGGCAGAAGCAGGCUGUGCCCCAGGGACAGAGCCUGUGGCCACCAUGGCUCAGCAGGAAGUAGGUGCGGCCUUAGGCCCCAGGCCAGCGCCUGAGAAGAAUGCAGCCCUCCCUAGAGUCCCGGAGCCUGCAGCCUUGGACCAGGUCCAACAGGAUGACCCACAGCCAGCUGCAGAAGCUGGGACACCUUGGGCCACACAGGAAGAUGCGGAUUCCACUUUGGGCAUGGAGGCCCUCGGUCUCCCUGAGCCUGCCUCUGGUGCUGGGGAGGAAGUAGCAGAAGCCCUUUCUAGGCCUGGAUGGGAAGCAUGUCUGGAAGCACGAGCACACACAGGUGAUGGGGCUAAGCCUGACUCGCCCCAAAAGGAGAGUCUGGAGGUUGAGAAUCAGCAUGGAGGAGGCCUGAAGCCACUGGCACAGGAACAUGGACCCAGGUCAGCACUUGGAGGUGCAGGGGAGGUCCCCGAGGCACCUCCUGCUACCUGUCCUGAGGUCAGCCAGGCCCGACUCCUGAGCCCAGCCAGGGAGGAAAGAGGCCCGAGUGGCAAGUCCACCCCGGAGCCCACACUUCCCUCAGCUGUGGCCACAGAUGCCAGUCUGGACUCCUGCCCAGAGUCUUCAGUAGGGGCUGUGUCCAGGCUGGACAGAGGCUGCCCUGAUGCACCUGCCCCCACCUCUGCACCAACCUCCCAGCAGCCGGAGCCUGUGCUGGGUCUGGGCAGUGUUGAGCAACCCCACGAAGCACCCAGUGUCCUUGGCACCCCCUUGCUGCAGCCCCCAGAAAACCUUGCCAAGGGUCAGCCCAGUGUGCCCGCAGACAGGCCCCUGGGCCCUGACCCUUCUGCUCCUGGUACUCUUGCUGGGGCAGCCCUACCCCCACUGGAGCCCCCAGCCCCCUGCCUGUGCCAGGACCCCCAGGAAGACUCCGUGGAAGACGAGGAGCCCCCAGGCUCUCUAGGCCUCCCACCGCCCCAGGCAGGAGCCCAGCCUGCCACCGCUGCUGUCUCAGGAACCACACAGCCUCUGGGGACUGGGCCGCAAAUCAGCCUCUCGCCUCACUCCCCGAUCCUCAGCCCCAAGGUGGCCUCCAUGGAUGCCAAAGACCUGGCCUUGCAGAUCUCGCCGCCUUGCCAAGUGCCUCCUCCCUCUGGGCCCCAGAGCCCAGCUGGCCCUCAAGGGCUCUCGGCCCCCGAGCAGCAAGAGGAUGAGGAUAGCCUGGAGGAAGACUCACCUCGGGCCCUGGGCUCAGGCCAGCAUUCGGAUAGCCACGGGGAGUCGUCAGCCGAGCUGGACGAGCAGGACAUCUUGGCUCCUCAGACUGCGCAGUGUCCAGCCCAGGCCCCAGCAGGCGGCAGUGAGGAGACCAUCGCCAAAGCCAAGCAGAGUCGCAGUGAGAAGAAGGCCCGAAAGGCAAUGUCAAAGCUGGGCUUGCGGCAGAUUCAGGGAGUCACCAGGAUCACCAUCCAGAAGUCCAAGAACAUCCUCUUUGUCAUCGCCAAGCCUGAUGUCUUCAAGAGCCCAGCCUCAGACACUUAUGUGGUCUUUGGCGAGGCCAAGAUUGAGGACCUGUCCCAGCAAGUGCACAAAGCCGCAGCUGAGAAGUUUAAGGUGCCCUCAGAGCCCUCGGCCUUGGUCCCUGAGUCAGCACCCAGGCCCCGGGUGAGGCUGGAGUGCAAGGAAGAGGAAGAGGAGGAGGAGGAAGAGGUGGACGAGGCGGGGCUGGAACUGCGUGACAUUGAGCUGGUGAUGGCGCAGGCCAAUGUGUCCAGGGCCAAGGCCGUGCGGGCUCUGAGAGACAACCACAGUGACAUCGUCAACGCCAUCAUGGAACUGACCAUGUAGCCACUGACCGGAAGCUGGAGCCAUCCUACGCCUUCCCUCAGCUCUGCUACUCAAUAAAUCGGUGUCCCUUC